CCAGACAUGUCCCCUCGCUCAGCCCUUAAAUCCUCCCUCCCCGCAUCCAUGUAGCCCGACGCUCUCCAUGUCCGCACCCGUCGAGCCAUGCACUCCCGAACAUCCUCGCCCUAUGAUCGCCCCGACACGCAUCCAGGUGCCCGCGGAGAACCCGACUUCUCCCCACCCCCCCGACCCGGGCCAUCGCACUCCCAGACAACCCUCCCGCCCAUCCGUGCACUCCAUCCAGGCCUCCCGCUGCCAUCCCCGCACCCACAGAGUCCCACCGCCCCCAGCGGCUCGGCAUACGGCCACCUGCAGUCGCCAACCUAUCCCGUCGCGUCGGGAAGCAGCCUCGGUGCUCGCCGAUCGGUGGACGACUCCGACCCAGAAGGCGACGUGCACGAACCACCCAAGAAGAAGCGGCGCCGUCAGGCCCUCAGCUGCACAGAAUGUAAGAGGCGCAAGAUCAAGUGUGAUAGGGCACAACCAUGCGGCCCAUGCACCCGACGCGGGGAGCCACAGAAGUGUCAGUGGCACAUCAUAGAGCCCAUGGAGAAGUACGUGACACGCACUGAAUAUGAUGAACUCAAGGCCAAGGUGAUAGAGCUCGAGGCUUUGGUGAACCGUCUAACUGCUGGUUCAUUUCCCGUACCGGCGGCACGGAUGGCUGCGCCUACCGCUCCUGUUUCAUCAGCUCCGAUCCAGCGCGUCGAGCCGAUUCAGGGAACAGCCAUAACACCAUAUCAUGCGGCGCCGCCUCCAUCAAUGCCUCCGUCGCUAUACCAUGCCAUGCCUCCAAGCCGACCGAUCCCGGCUCGCAGCGAGUCCUCUUCCCACCUGAACCGGCACACCAGGCAGGCCGCGGCACGCAGUCCAUCUUCAUCCUCCCGUCCGUCCACAUCGCAGGGAUCUUCAGCCCACACCGCAACGGCCGCGUCGCCUGCCGCAGAGCCGUCAUAUUAUCCUACUAGCCCACACGCGUCUUCAAGCAUGCCGUCCACACCUGCCGGAUCAUCGGGAGGCGUGUCCUCCCGGCGAGCUUCACUCUCUGUGGCAGCCAUGACCAAUCCCGAUCCCAGCCCCUACCACCACCACCACCACGAGUCCCGUCCAUCCAGCCCGCCAAAAAAAUGCAGCGCGCAGACGCCUCCACCGCCGGGUCAGCGUCUGCGCCGGGAUCAAGUGCAUUUAGGCUCGGCACAGGCGUCGUCCUCGACCCACCCCCACCAUUACCACCACCACGAUCUCCUCCGCUCUCCCACCAUUGGGAAGCAGAGGGCUUCCCUCAUCCCGGCAUAACGCGCCAUCUACCUGCCCCUGUGCAACCGCCGGGAUACUUCGCUUCAAGGCCUCCAUCGCGCUCGCAGCAUGCGCCUGGGGCGUACGCUAUUUCGCCGCCUUAUUUGUACGGUAGCCGACCUCACAGCCCCCACAGCGGCUUAGGACCCGAUGACAGGGAUCCAUCGGU